AUGCUCGACACAAAUCACUACAACGCCUUGAGCUUGGCUCAGCCCACGAAUUUCAAAUCCAUGUUACAGUCGGGCAAGCUCCUCUGGGGCACGGGAUGCCGAAUCCCUCACGAAGAGGCGGCGCGAAUCGUAGCUUCGACUCCGUAUCACUUUUGUUUCAUAGACGCGGAGCACACCCCCAUAAACGCAACGCUUCUUGUCAACCUCAUUCGAACGAUCCAAUACCACUCCAAUGGCUCCAUGGUGCCAUUUGUCCGGAUCCCAGGCUGCUCACCCGAACUGAUAAAUUACGCCCUGAACGCUGGCGCAGGGGGCGUCAUGAUGCCUCACAUACAAAAUGCCAAGCAAGCAGAGGAGUUGGUCCGUCUGGCUCGAUUUCCGCCCAUGGGAGACCGGAGCUUCCCCCCGGCGGCCCUGAUCAACGAGAAGCAAAGUCGAACGCCCGGGUCCCAGAGCGUGUACGAUGUCUGGAACAGCCACACGGCUUUACUUUGCCAAAUCGAAGACCUGCAAGGCUUGGAGAACAUUGAAGAGAUUUGCAGAGUCCCAGGAGUCGACGGUCUCUUCAUCGGGACGGGCGAUUUGCGCAUGUGUAUGGGAUUGGCUGUGGGAAGCCUCGAUGGCGAUGAGCCUGUGUUUGUCUCUGCCCUCAGGAAGAUCCGGGACGCUGCAAAGGCCAACAACCUCCCGAUCAUGGGGUUCGGCAUCUCGCCUUCUACUCUUGAGCGCAGGAUCGAGAUGGGCUGGAAUGCUUUCAUCGUACACGGUGACAUUGAUGCCAUUUGCACCUCGGCCAUUCAAUCCCUGGACUCUUACAGCAGUGCCGCCGACCGCUACCUAUCCGCCGGAAGAAGGGAUAAGGGCAACGGCGCUACAAAUGGCUUACCUCGGGAAGUAGAAAAGAGAACGAGAAAGGAGGAGGAAGCCAGUUUUCCGGCCGAUUCAGCGGGGUGCGCUCGUCAACAGGACGGGUAG